AUGGCCGCUUCAACCUCCACUCCUCCGCUCACAACGCAAAUUUUGGUGGAAGAGUACAGUGGACUGCGGGUGCAGCCUCACAAGGCUAUUGUCGGUGCUAAUGCGUUUGCUAAUGAAAGUGGAAUCCAUCAAGAUGGAAUGCUAAAGAAAAGAAAUACAUACGAAUUCAUGUCUCCUGAAGAUAUUGGACUUUUUAGAUCUAGCGAAUCUGGUCUUACACUUGGAAAACUUAGUAAAAUGCCAUUUUCGUCUCUGAGGUUUGACCGCUUUUACGACUUUCGUCCAAAGCUUGGUUAUGACAUUGAUGGGAGGGAACUUAAUGAUGUCUUUUGGCAGUUUAAAUCUGUUGCCGAAAUGAAAAAGGUUAUUACCGAUGAUGAUUUAAUAGCACUGGUAUCCGAUGAGGUUUUCCAGCCCACCGUUAUUUGGAAGUUUGGAAAUGUACAGGUAACGUGCGGGACUUUAGGUCUUUCAACCGCAACAGUUAAGUUAAUAGCAGAUGAUGGGACAGAACAAAUCGCAUGUUCUACUGGAACAGGACCAGUUGAUGCAGCUUAUAAGGUGGUUGAUCUCGUUGUUAAGGCUCCUAAGACGACCACACGACGACUCAUGCAUCUGGACACCCACGGCAACGCGCGGGCAUUCCCACUAGUCCAAGAUAUAGCGAAAGAAAAAGAAGAAGAAAAAGAAAGGUUGAACGAUAUUAUUGCGGGAUUGGUGGUGGAGAAAGAUAAGGCGGAGAAAAAGGCUAUGAAUGAAAGAAUGACAAACAUUGAAUGGAAUGUUUUAUAA